UCAUUGUAAUUCUUUUUACUCUAGUCAUGUUGUUGUGGUUGUCAUGGUUACAGUGUAAUACUAUAGUACUUGCAGUACUUUUGUCCUGUAUCAUGUUGUUGUGGUUGUCAUAUUUUUGUUUCAGGUCUGGUUUGUGUAAACUCUGGUCUGUCCCCGACUGUAACCUGAUCCGCACACUCAGAGGUCAUAACACAAACGUUGGUGCGAUCGUGUUCAGACCGAACGCCACAAACUCGUCUGAUGUGAGUCUGGCCUCGUGCGCCGCCGACGGAACCGUCAAACUGUGGAACAUGGAGAGUGAUGAGCCGGUGGCCGACAUCGAGGGCCACAGCGAAAGAGUGCCCCGUGUGGCCUGGCACCCGUCAGGACGCUUCCUGGGGACCACGUGUUACGACAGCUCGUGGCGUCUGUGGGACCUGGAGGUUCAGGAGGAGAUUCUUCAUCAGGAGGGACACAGUAAAGGAGUCCACGACCUGCACUUCCACCCAGACGGCUCCCUCACAGCAACAGGGGGUCUGGACGCGUUCGGGCGGGUGUGGGACCUCAGGACCGGUCGUUGUGUUGUUUUCCUCGAGGGACACCUCAAAGAAAUCUACAGUGUCAACUUCUCCCCCAACGGGCAUCACCUGGCCACAGGAAGUGCCGACAACACCUGUAAAGUUUGGGAGCUGAGGAACCGGCGCUGCCUGUACACGGUCCCCGCCCACCAGAACCUGCUGUCGGCCGUUCGCUUCCAACCGACUGACGGUCACUUCCUGUUGACCGGAGCCUACGACAACACGGCCAAAGUGUGGACGCACCCGGGAUGGAUGCCCCUGAAGACGCUGGCGGGACACGAAGGAAAGGUGAUGGGUUUAGACAUUUCAGCCGACGGGAAACUCAUCGCGACGUGUUCCUACGAUCGAACCUUCAAACUCUGGAUGUCUGAAUGAACCGGUUUUUUUUAGUUUGAAAAUCAAAUGUUUUGUUUCUGAAAUAAAAUCUUUUGUCUUUGUAAAAA